AUGAAAUUCACCCAAGCGGAUUGGGAACAGCAUGUUGCGAACAAUCACGUGCCGUACCGCCGUGAUUGUGCAGUUUGCGUGCACGGUGCCGGAAACGGCCGCCGCCACCACGGUGUAGUUCACCCGGAUGUGUAUUGCAUGUCAGCCGACAUUGCGGGGCCCAUCCGUGUGAAGGGCAAAGACCCAGAAAGCCGCAACCACCGACCAGCCACGUUCAAGUACUUCCUCGCUGUGUCGUACCGCUUCCCACGGCUCAAAGGAGUGAAGGAGGAGUCAGACCCCAGCCAAACCGAGGGGUUUGAUGAUGCAGCACUCCUCCCGGGAGGGACGGAUGACCUUGCAGAUGAGGCCUUUCCCGCAGCAGAAGGCCCCCCGCACGAGGAUUACGAGGACUCCCUGUACGAGCCAAGUUUAGCGGAAGAAGAGGAGGAGGCGGAAGGUGAAGGAGUUGAAGGGCCGAGGGAGUUUGCAGCCAAAGUUGCCGAGGAGCAUCCCUGGGAGUCAGCCAGGUGUGAACUCGAAACACCGCCUGACAUGGCGAGGCUGGUGUUUGCAGUGCCACUUCACACAAACAAGGGAGACUCGCUUGAGGAGGAGCACACACCACCUCCACGCAGGGUUCGCGGCAAGCGGUCUGCUGGUGUGAGACUUGACGACGUCUUUGCACUUGACCCGCCGCCUCCCUUGCCGCCGCCAGCAGAAGCUCCACACCCGGAAGGGCCUGUGUCACCGGUUGAGGAGGAGUCUGCCCGUGUAGCGCGCUUGAGUCUGCAAGACCUCGAAGGUUUAGCUACGGAGCUUAUCGAGGACGACUGGGACCUUGAUGAAGCGUUGUGGGUGUUAGCCGAAGUGUGCAGAGCAGCGCCCCAGCUGCAACACAAAGCUGGGUUGUACCGUCACGGAGGUGUCGUAGGAGUUUUAGGGGGUACCACAGAUAAGCCUUGGCUGACAGAGCUUAUGAAUAUGGUGCUUUCCGCAGUUGCACCCACAGCUGAGUACACCUCGCUUUGGUUGUCUAAUUCCACUGUUCAACCCGUGCACGCCGACCACCACAACCUGCAGGGAUCCACAAAUGUAGUCCUCCCUUUGAAGCUCCCGCCUAACGGAGGGGAUUUGUGGAUAGAACUCAAGCCUGGUGACCUAGUCAGUGGCCCUGUAGAGGAGCGGGUAGACGGCAAAGGUAGGCGCUGGUUAGGGACAACUCACAAGUUAGAGCGCGGUAAGCCCUUUUUCCUAGACCCUACUCGCCGCCACGCCACCACUCCCUGGAAGGGUGAGAGAGCAGUCCUUGUUGGCUACACUGUCAACACGUUAGGCAAAGAGCUUGAGCACGAGUUUCAAAGCCUUGAAGCUUUAGGUUUUCCACUCCCAGCGUCGGUACGUUUACCGCUGACUGAGCAGCAAGACGUGAGACGUCUAGACGCGUUUGACUGCUUCGAAGAAGAGCCCCUUCAGGAGACAAAGGCACGUCACCCUGACGGGAAGACUUCGGAGUUGGCGAUUGGGACUGUGCUUAAAGGAGGAGGUUGGAAAGAAACCCAAGCCGUAGAAGCAGGUACUGUAGAGCUGGAGGUGUCGUGGAACCUGAAACACUCGCCGGACCAAAGGCGAACCCAGUCUGAGCACGCCCUGCUGGCUUGCCAACCAGACACCGAGACACAGGUUGAGGAGGAGGAGAGCUUAAGCGAAGACUCCUUGCCGGAACAACCAGUGCUGUGGGAGUUGUGGGUUCCACACCCGCAGACAGGUGAGCAGCUGUGUGUUCUCAGGUCUGACGACUCGGCCUACAGUGAAACUCAAGCUGUGGGCACUGGGACCGUGGCGCAGCAAGACCUGCAGCUGAGUGCCUUCGCUGUCGUAGGUGCUGCCAGCCAGACAACGGACGAGGAAGAAGACUUGUCUCUCCCCGUGUCGCUUGAUGCAGAUUUGAUGUUGGCAGUAUCCAUCAUCUGCAUUGGUAUAUCUGCUUCAUUGCAGUGUGGGAGUUCUUCAAGUGGUGCCUUCAAGGCAUCAUCUCCCGCCGAGAGGCAGGGACACCCGUGUUGUCUCCGAGCCCCCGCAAGGCGCGCAAGUUACAGCGCCUUCGAGAUCAAACUGCGCAGGCCAUCCAGGCCGAGAUCUCUGCACGUGAGGAGGCAGCAAGCUCGCAGUCUGUUGCUGCAGCGCCCAGACGCCGCCCCUCACAAACAACUCGCACGCGUGAGCAGGCAGGUGGAGCACCAACGCGUUACUUUGCAACACCCGAAGGGACCAAGCUCCACCGCACUAAGACCUGUUCCACGCUCGCCCACAACCACAGGUUUGUUGAGUUUCAAGUGUGCCAGCAGUGCCACGGGAGCGCUGCAGACCACACCCAGCACAGCACAGGGUAGGAACUACUCCACCCUAACGGGUUGGAUCUCUCAGUGCUCAUCCGUAGCUGUGUCUUUUUCCCACACGAGGUGCCUUGAGAGUCCUCGCAUAGUGAGGGCAGUUGGCCCAGCUUUUGCCAGGUAG